AUGAAUUGUUUACAAUACAUUAAAAGAUGCUUUAAAAACAUCAGAUAAAAGUUUGAUGGAUAAGAUGCUUCUUUUCAACUCUCUACUCAAAAUAGUCAAAUCCGAAAGAAAAAAACACUAGUUUUAGAUUUGGAUGAAACUUUAGUGCAUUGUGAAUUUAAAGAAAAUCCAAAUUUUCAUUAUGAAACUAUUUUAGAUGUUUGGCAUAGAGGAGUUUUAUAUACGGUUUAUUUAUGUAAAAGACCUUAUCUAAGAGAAUUUCUCUAAUAAAUGAGUGCUUAUUAUGAAAUUAUUGUAUUUACUGCUGGUUAUGAGUCUUAUUGUGAUAAAGUCUUAUAACAUAUAGAUGUUGAUAGACAUAUUUCUGAUUAUUUUGCUAGAUCGAAUUGCAGAUUUGUAAAUGGAAUUUGCUUAAAAGACUUAUCUAUUUUAGACAGACCAUUAGAUUAGUUAAUAUUCAUUGAUGUAUGUAUAAAAGAUCAUCUUAAUCUUAGAAUAAUCCUAAUGCAUUUGAGAUGUAGCCAGAUAAUGGAUUAUUAAUUCCUUCAUUUUUAGAUUCUGAUGAAGAUGAAUGUCUUUUAAAAUUAAUUCCAUUUCUGAAAUAAAUGGCUAAUAAAUCUAAACUUAUUCCUGUUUCUUCUUUCUUAUCUGAUUAUGAAUCAAUUCAUGGAGCACUCUUUAAUGAUAAUUAAGUAACAUUAUAAUGUUAGGCUGAUGGAGAUGAAGUUAGUUUAAGUGAAGAAAGUUUUGUUGUUCUAGAAUGUAUUUAAAAACAUAGAAAGACAUAAACUACUUAAUAAUAAUAAAAAUAAUAUAUCAAGACCAUAGCAUAGAGAAGUUAAACUCUCUUUUCAGGUUGA